AUGGACGACACCACCCUGCCACCAAUAGCCAUAUGGAUUGCAGACAUAGUGAAAUAUGAACACAUUCCAAAUGAAACACCCUUGUUAGUUACUAGCCAAGGGGGAGUACCAUUUUUCUGGGAGUCAAUGGUGAAAGAGGGAGGUUUCAUGCUUAUCCCUAAUUUAAGGGACCCAAUGUCAUAUAAAUCAUUUUUGCCCCAAUCUCUAGCUUCCAAAAUCCCAUUUUCAUUUACCAAGAUUGAGGAAUUGAAGAAGAUUUUUGGUGUGGUGGAUGAAUCAGACAUGGAUGAGUAUACUCAAGACACUCUAAAGAUAUGUGAGAAGAGCCCCAAUCUUCGAGGGGAGCAUAGCAUAUGUGCUACUUCCGCUGAAGAUCUCAUCGAUUUUGUUGUUGAGAAAUUAGGAAACCAUGUACGCGUAUGGAGUACUGAGAGUAUCGAAGGAUCUUAUGGGAACGUCACAAUUGGAUCUGUGAAACUCAUAGUUGGAAACCUCUCUGAACCACCAGCCUUAUGUCAUAGUCAGCUGCUCCCAUUUCAAAUCUAUUAUUGUCAUGUUUUAGAUAAAGUAAAAAUAUAUGCAGUUGAUUUACAUGCUCGGAAGAAAGUGAAUCAUGCGAUUAUGGCAUGUCACUAUGACACAUCAACUUGGACUCCGAAACAUCUAAACAUCUUGCUUUUAAGAUUCUAG